UUUCUCUCUUCUGCUCUGCGAUGGCGUCUGCUGAUCUGAGACAGGAGCUGGACUGUUCCGUCUGUCUGAGCAUUUAUACAGAUCCUGUAAUGCUGAGAUGUGGACACAACUUCUGCCGGGUCUGUAUUGAUCGUGUGUUGGAUAAACAGAAGGGGUCUGGAGGUUAUUCAUGUCCUGAGUGCAGAGAAGAGUUCCAGGAUCGGCCUGCACUGCACAGGAACAUAUUACUGCGUAACAUAGCAGAGACAUUCCGGUCUACUCAGCCAGAUAAGGAGGACUCCGGAGUCCUCUGUACUCAGUGUAUUCACACCUCUGUACCUGCUGUGAAGUCCUGUCUUCUAUGUGAAGCUUCUCUGUGUGACAAACACCUGAGAGUCCACAGCAAGGCACCAGAACACGUCUUAUGUGACCCCACCACUUCCCUGGAGAACAGGAAAUGCUCCGUCCAUAAGAAGAUCCUGGAGUAUUACUGCACUGAGGACUCGGCCUGUAUCUGUGUGUCCUGCAGGCUGGAUGGGGAACACCAGGGACACAAGGUGGAGAUUCUGGACAAGGCCUCUGAGAAGAAGAAAAAGAAACUGAGAUCUGAUCUUCAGAAACUGAACACAGAGAGAGAGAAGACGGAGAAAAGAGUCCGGAGUCUGGAGGAACGCAGGAGGAAAGUACAAGGAAACGCAGCUGGUGUAACAGAGAGAGUCUCUGACCUGUUCAGAGACCUCCGGAGACGUCUGGAAGACCUGGAGAAGAGAGUCCUGAGGGAGAUCUCCAGGCAGGAGGAGCAGCUCUCACAUCAAUUGUCUGGCCUGAUCCAGAAGCUGGAAAUAAAGAAGGCCGAGCUGUCCAGGAAGAUGGAUCACAUUGAGGAGAUGUGUAACCUGACUGAUCCACUGACUGUCCUACAGGAAUCAGACACAGGGGACUUGUGUGAUACUGAGGAGGGGGAUGAGGAGGACAGAGAGAGACAUGAUAGACUUCUCCAUGAUGGAGGGGGUCUGGAUGUGGCUGGAAUCUCACACACAUUACACUCGGGGUUAUCUGAUAUGAUGAAAGGGGUAAAUGUAUGCCUCAAUAUACAGGAAGCUUCAGAUAUAGUGCUGGAUGUAAACACAGCUCAGAAUAAUCUACAGAUAUCAGAGGACAGGAAAUCUCUAUCCAGGUCAGAUAUAAAGCAGAAUCGUCCAGAAACAACAGAGAGAUUUCAGAGUUAUUGUCAGGUAUUAAGCAGCAGGAGAUUCUCCUCAUGGAGACAUUACUGGGAAGUGGAUGUCAGUAGAUCGGAUCAGUGGAUAGUCGGUAUGUGUUAUCCCAGUAUAGAGAGGGGAGGAGGCCAGUCAUUGAUUGGACACAAUUACAAGUCCUGGGGUUUAUACAGCGAUACAAAUCAGUGUUCAGUGUACCAUAACAGCAAAGAGAUUAAGUUACCUGACAAAAUCUCCAGUAACAGAGUCAGGGUCUCUCUGGAUUAUGAGGCCGGGCGGAUCUCCUUUUAUGAUCUGUGUGACCCGAUCCGACACUUACACACGUUCACCACCACCUUCACUGAGCCCCUCCAUGCUGUGUUAUGGGUGGGGAAAGGUUGUAUAAAGAUAUCUGGGCAGGGUCAGGACAUUGCAGGAAUAUAUGAGGUGAAUGUGAGUUCCUGGUUUCUGGACAAACACUCUAACAUCAGCGAUUCUCAGAGCCUCACCACAGACAUUCCCGGGGUGUACAUUGUGGGGGUCCCAGACAACAACGAGGAGAUAAGGACUGACCAUGGGACCAGACUGUGUUACAAUGAGAUUGAUGGAACUUUCAUGUCUCAAACUUAA